GUUUGCGAAUCAAGCAGAGAAGAGGAGAAGUGGGAUAGUGAAACUCAAACAACCUGGUUUGGGCAAUUGCCAUCUCAAAACCUCUCUCUGUCUCCCCUUCCCUCCGUCGCUUGGCAGUGGCACGGUUCAUUGGCUCCAAUCCAAUCCAACCAGCUGCUGCGCUGAACUCAGCCUUUACUUCUUUGCCACUGAUUCUCGAGCCAUGAAUUGGGUUCAACGAAAGAUUUAUCUUUACAAUGUCACUUUUGGGCUCUAUAUGUUGGAUUGGUGGGAGCGUUAUCUCUUCAAUACUUUGGUCGUUGUGUUGAUGUGGUUCAUUUUUUACAAUGGCUCACGAUAUGUAACGGAGUUUUGCAAGAGGCAUCUAUGGUGACGCGUAGAGCUAGCACCAACCCAGAAGGUUCAAAUGUAAUGAUUGAAUGAAGAUUUGAAUUCAGCUGCAGCAUGUAUUACACUCAGUAUUUAUAUUUGACUUGUGAAAAUUGUUGAUUUUGUGACAGCAAUUGUGUAUGUACUGCCCUUUUUGUACACCAUCUUCUCAUGUUAUAGGCUUAUGUUUCUCUUAAUAUAUCUGAUAGCUUUGGCUUUUA